GAGUGAAGACAAUACUCCUCUUCGCACGGGGCAGAGAAGGAGAUAUACAAAGCCAGAGAGAAGGCCCAAGGGAAACCCUAGCCCUUACUGGGACCUCGAAUUUCUGCUGUAAUGGACUCAAAACUGCUUCGGUUGAUUUCUCAUCAGUCCUUCUUCUCCACCGUGAACUCCGGCGAUCUCGAGGCACUGAAGUUAACAGUAGAAGGGUCGGGUGGAAAUGAAGGAGACAAUCGAGCGGCCUGGAUUUCCGCUUUAAUGGCGUUGCGAAACGACGCAGGAGAAACAGCUAUUUAUAUCGCGGCUGACAAUAAUUUAGUGGAUAUAUUUAAUUACUUGAUCAAGUUCUGUGAUCUCCAGAUGGUGAUGAUCAGGUCAAAGUCGGAUAUGAAUGCAUUUCAUGCUGCUGCUUGGCGCGGGAACUUGGCAAUUGUGAAAGAACUAUUGAGCAUGUGGCCAGAGCUUUGUAGAUCAUGCGAUUCUUCAGACACUAGCCCUCUUUAUUCAGCUGCCAAAAAGAACCACCUGGAUGUAGUGAAUGCCAUACUUGAUGCAGAUGCAGGCUCAAUAAGGAUUGUGAGAAAAAAUGGGAAAACCUCACUGCACAAUGCUGCACGUUAUGGUCCUCCCCAAAUAGUAAAAACACUUAUAGAUAAAGAUCCAGGAAUUGUGUCUAUUCAAGAUAAGAAAGGACAGACUGCACUUCAUAUGGCUGUAAAAGGUCAGGAUCCUUCUAUAGUGGAAGAGAUAUUGUUUGCUGAUCUUUCAAUACUAAAUGCACGUGACAAGAAGGGAAAUACAGCUGUGCAUAUAGCCACAAGGAAAUGCCGUCCUGAGAUAUUAAGCCUUCUCUUGAGCUAUGACUCCAUUGAGGUCAAUGCCAUUAAUAAGCAGAACGAAACUGCACUGGAUUUGGCAGAAAAACUCCAGUAUGGAGAACCUUCAUUGGCAAUUAGGGAGGUUCUAGUAGAGGUAGGGGCUAAAAAUGCCAGGAACGUAGGCCGAGUUGAUGAAACUAUGGAGCUGAAAAGAACUGUAAGUGAUAUAAAGCAUGAGGUGCAGUCACAAUUUAUACAGAAUGCAAAGACCAAUAAAAGAAUGUCUGGAAUUGCCAAAGAGCUGCGGAAGCUGCACAGAGAAGCAGUUCAGAACACCACCAAUUCUGUGACAGUUGUUGCUGUUCUUUUUGCCUCCAUUGCUUUCGUGGCUAUAUUCAAUUUGCCUGGUCAAUAUUUUCGGGAUGGAUCAGAUGUUGGGAAAGCUCGUAUAGCUGACACUGUUGGAUUUCGUGUAUUUUGCCUGUUGAAUGCUACAUCUCUGUUCAUUUCUCUAGCUGUUGUUGUGGUUCAGAUUACUUUGAUUGCCUGGGAUACGCGGUCUCAGAAGCAAGUUGUUUCAGUAGUAAACAAGCUAAUGUGGGCAGCCUGUCUUACCACUUGUGGGUCUUUUCUCUCUCUGGCUUUUGUGGUUGUGGGGAAGAAACGCUCUUGGAUGGCUAUUACCAUAACCUUGAUAGGCGCUCCAAUUCUUCUGGUAACUCUUGCUUUCAUGUGCUACUUCGUUUUACGACAACAUUUCAAUAUAUUUGGCGACGACUCUCAUAGACGAAUUAGGAGGGCAAGUUUUAGUAAAUCUUUCUCGUGGUCUCCGUUCUCUCCCUUUUCAGAUCCUGAUGCACUUAAUUCUGACCAUGAGAAGAUCUAUGCUUUGUAACUUUGUCUUGGCCGAUUCAAGCAUGUCAAAGGCUGGUCUCAGAUGUUGUAAAUAUGUAGUCUCUAGUGUUCCUCAGCGGCAGUGUCAUUGGCUGAUAAUUAGCGCUUUUUACCUUAACCACAUACCGAAUUUUGGGUUUGAAGUUGUAUAAUGUAAGUCAGCCGGAUGCGCUACAAUCAGUUUGCUAGAAAGACAAAUAAACAGUAGCAUUGUAUAGAUAUUGUAUAUGCAAGUAAUUUUAAAUAAAUAUUCUAGUACUUGAUCUUA